AUGACUACGUCUACGACAGAGUUUGCCAUCCUCUACGCCGUACACAUCAUCACCAUCCAGUUCGGUUCUGUAGUAUCGAAAGUCUGUGAAUGCCUUCUUCGUAAAGGACCUCUUUCCUUACGAGAGAUUUUUCGUUUAGCUGAAUCACAAAACAUCAACCAUGACAAAGUUAAGGAUGUUUUAUACAUCUUGAUUCAGCAUAACUGCGUUCAAGCUUAUUCUCUUGAACCUCCUGAUGGGAAUGAGAGCAAAGGUGUUGUACAGUACCUUGUGCUGGUCAACAACAUUCUUCAUCGCGUAAGGUACAACAAGUUUUCGAAGGUUGUAAACGAAGAACUUGGGACUCAGUGCAGCGCAGUUCUUGAUCAUUUACUUAGGAACGGUAGGCUUACCUUGGGACAGCUUAUAGAAAUAGUCACAGAUCACCAAAAUACAAAAACAAGUUCAGAAGAAAUCAGAGAAUAUCUUCAGAAACUGGUUGAUGCACGUUUCGUUGAGCGCGUUCCUUCUCCGGAACCGGUUCUUGAAAAUAAAGAACAAGGAAAGAAAAGAGGCGUUAACGCUGCAAAGAUUUUGAAAGAAUCAAAAAGCUUAGAGGAACGUGUUCUUGAAGCAGCUACUCCAGUUGAAGCAUUAAGGUUUCCACUUCUAUUCCAACAAGCUUCAAAUUCAUCUUUACCGGAUAUUAAUGAUGACAACAUAAAGCGUAAACGUGAUGUAGACGCAUCAGAAUCUAGCAAUGAAAUCAUUUGGCGUCCUAAUUUCGGAGAGUUCAUUCGUCGCCUUAGACAUAAGGCGUGUGUGAAGAUAGUGAACGAGCGCAUGGAUAAAUCAUGUGCCGCUGUCUUAAAGGCAAUGUUAGAAGUAGGAAGAUGUCAGGAGAAGACUGUGACAACAGACAAGUCUGUUCCAAUGUUAGUUAGUUCCAUAUAUGAAGAGGUAAUAAAGACCAAAGGAGAUUGCACUAUACUACUAGAGCAAGUUGAAGCAUGCCUUGACCAAUUGAGUUCCGCGUCUUCAUAUCUACCAGCAUUUGCGAUAGAAACAGAUGAUUCAUACAUAGUUGAUUUCAAAUCCAUUAUCAAUGUAGCACAGAGAGAUGAGAUGGAAGCAUUAGUUAUGAGAAGAUAUGGUAAAGAAGCUUUCAGAAUGUUCAGAUACUUAUCAUCACAGGAAGAGUGUUUUGUUGAGACUGAUAAGAUCGCUGAUGCCACGUUAACUGAAAAGAAAGAUACAUGGAACAUACUUAUGAAGAUGUGGAAAGAUGGAUACUUGCAUAUGCAGAAAUUGGUGACGGUCACGAGCGUUUAUAUGCCUUUCUACUUGUGGAAAGUAAACAAGUUGAUUGUGUCAAGGAAAAUGUUGGAUGAGAUGUAUCAUGCUUCCUUAAACUUGAGUCUCAAGUGUACUCAUAAACUAGAUUCCAAGGAAGAGGCAAAUAAGAAACUGAAAGGAGCAUUAUUUGAACUUGAUGAUGCCAUUAUGAUUUUUCAUGACUUCUAA